AUGGCUGCCAUCCUCACCGUUCUGCUCACGCUCGCAUGCGGCUUGUCACGGUCGCCCGUCCUCGCAGUGGGCAACCUAGGGCUCGCUCCCCACCAAAUCAAGAACCUGGUGGCCUUCGGCGACUCGUAUACCGACGUCGUCGCCAUCAGCGACGGCGGCACGCCGUGGCCCGUGUACGCCGCGUCCUACGCGGGCGUGCGGCUGCUCCCGUUCGCGCGCUCGGGCGCGCCGUGCUCGCAGGCGCUCACGCCGCGCCCGUUCCCGGCGGUCGUGCAGGACGAGCUGCCGGCGUACUUCGCGGAGCUGCGCAACGGGACGCUCGGCGCGCUGCCGCCCGCGGAGACGCUAUACACGCUGUGGAUCGGGACGAACGACCUCGGCCCGAACACGCUGCUGACGGGCCAGGCGCGCGAUGGGGCGGACGUCGUCGCGGUCACGGCGUGCGCGGUCGGGUGGGUGCAGACGCUGUACGACGCCGGCGCGCGGAACUUUCUGUUCCAGAACCUGGUUCCGCUUGACCGCCUCCCUCUGUACGCGGUCGACUCGUACCCGAACCGGUAUUGGACCGCGCAGCGCAACACGACCGAGUGGCACCUCUUCAUGUCCGAGCUGACCGCCGCCGGCAACGCGCUCUCGCGGCUGAUGCUCCAAGCCCUUGCCCCGUCUCUCCCGGGCGCGCACGUCGGGCUGUUCGACUCGCAUGCGCUCUUCAGCGACAUCCUCGACCGCCCGGCGGCCUACCUGAACGGCACCGCGCCGCUGAACACGACCGGCGCGGCCGACGCGUGCGUGUACGCGCUCGGGGGCGACGCGAGCACCGCGCGGUGCACGGUCGCGACGGGGUCCGCCCGGGACAGCUUCGUCUGGUACGACGAGCUGCACCCGUCCGAGCAGUCGGACAGGAUCGUGGCGCGCGAGAUCGCAAACACGCUCACAGACAAGGGGAGCCGGUGGACGACGUGGUUCAGCUGA